CACUCAAGGUUUUUGCUUUUGAUUCACACCACAUGAAACACAUUCACCCUCACGUAUACAGGGGGGGAGAUUACGUAAAGAUCUCUCCAAAGAAGAGAGAGGAAUCUCAUCCUAAUGGCACCGUUGCAGUUGUCUUUCUGCGGUAUAGCAAUAUUGGUUCUUUGCUUUCAUCGCCGAAAAACAGCUCCUUGAAAGAUACUUCAGAGCAGAGACAGACAGUAAGCUCAUCAGUUAUAGCUGUUGCAAUUAGCUCAAAUCCACCUACGCUCUAUGAGCUCGAGAAAAUAACAUUUACCUUAAAGUAUGCCAAGACUGCGGAUAAAGAUAUUAAAUGUGCGUUUUGGAACUACACAGCAGACACAAUGAAUGGCAACUGGGCUACAGAAGGCUGUGAGCUGACACAUUCCAACUCCACUCAUAUCUCAUGCAAAUGUAAUCAUCUGACUCAUUUUGCCGUUCUGAUGUCCUCAGGUGGCUCUGUUGGUGUUACAAAUUAUAACAUUCUUACAAGAAUCACUCAGCUAGGAAUAAUUAUUUCGUUGAUUUGCCUCUCCAUGUGCGUUUUUACAUUCUGGUUCUUCAGUGAAAUUCAGAGCACUAGAACGACAAUUCACAAAAACCUCUGCUGCAGCCUUUUCCUGGCGGAACUGAUCUUUCUGAUUGGAAUUAAUAUGAACAAUAAUAAGCUCUUCUGUUCAAUUACUGCCGGAUUACUCCAUUAUUUCCUCCUAGCUGCCUUUGCGUGGAUGUGCAUUGAAGGUAUUCACCUUUACCUUAUAGUUGUGGGAGUCAUCUACAACAAGGGUUUCUUGCACAAGAAUUUCUAUGUCUUUGGCUAUGUCAGUCCAGCCGUGGUUGUUGGAAUCUCUGCUGCACUGGGAUAUAAGUACUAUGGCACCACAGAAGUAUGUUGGCUCAGCACAAAGAAUAACUUUAUAUGGAGUUUUAUAGGACCAGCAUGUCUAAUAAUUCUUGUUAAUUUGUUGGCUUUUGGAGUGAUUAUUUAUAAAGUAUUUCGACACACUGCAAUGUUAAAGCCAGAAGUUAGUUGUUAUGAAAAUAUAAGAUCCUGUGCCCGAGGUGCUCUUGCUCUCCUGUUCCUCCUUGGGGCUACCUGGAUCUUCGGGGUCCUCCACGUCAUCCAGGGAUCCGUGGUUACCGCCUAUCUUUUUACAAUCUUCAACGCAUUCCAGGGGAUGUUCAUCUUCAUUUUCCUUUGCGUGUUGUCUAGGAAGAUUCAGGAAGAGUAUUAUAGGUUGCUCAAAAAUGUUCCUUGCUGUUUCGGCUGCUUGAGAUAAAUGGAAGGAAAACAUGCAUCAGCAAUUCAGUGGAAGAAGGGAGCAACCUAGACGAUGUUGUUAUGGAUAUUACAGAAAAAUAUGGUAUUGUGAAAGUAUGAAAUGACCCAGUG